GCACGCGCCGCGUUCCCCAAGUAUACCAGGCGCGUAGCGUGGAUCGGGCGUGUGCCUGGCGCGUUGUAAUUUAAUCAUUUUGACAAGGGUUUGUGUACUGGUUUCUGCAUCGUAGAGAAAAUCGCGUUUGAGUUCGCCUCCUGCACUGGCGAAAAGAGCCAUGGCCAGGGAGCGCAGUGAGAGCAGCAGCUCGGGAUCAGGUUCGGAAGCAGCCAAGAAAAAGAAGCCAGUUGAGCCCAAGAAAAAGGAAAAAGAGCGAGGCCGUGAUAAGGAGCGUAAGAAGCGGGCCAAGAGUGGCAGUCCAUCAUCAAGUGAUAGCAGUAGAAGCUCGUCCGGCAGCUCGUCCGGCUCAUCGUCCAGCUCGAGCAGCGCCAGCUCGCGCAGCAGCAGCUCCUCCAGCAGCAGCUCUGAGCGAGGCCGCGGCCGCGGGCGGCGCCGGCCGGCGGGCGGCGCGCGGCCGGAGCGGCCGCCCGCCUCCAGCCACCGCAAGUCGCGCUCGCGCAGCGCCAGCCGGCCGCGCCGCAAGGCCCGCUCGCCCACCCCCAAGCCGCUCAAGAUCCACGUGGGCCAUCUGACGCGUAACGUGACCAAGGACCACAUCCAGGAGAUCUUCUCGGUGUACGGGCCGGUGAAGCUGGUGGACCUGCCGUCGAAGCGAUUCCACGCCGACCUGAACCGCGGCUACUGCUACGUCGAGUACGAGACGGCCGAGGCGGCCGAGACGGCCAUGAAGCACAUGGACGGGGGUCAGAUUGACGGCCAGGAGGUGACCUGUGCGCCGGUGCUGCUGCCGCGGCCGCGGCCCCGCCGCUCUCCGCCGCCGAUGAUGCGUCGCCCGAUGCCGCCGCGCUAUGCCAACCUGCCCAGGUACCGACGCCGCACACCGCCGCCGCGCAUGCGCCAUGGCAGUGGGAGCGUCGGCCGCCUGGCGAGUGGGGUGGAGUGA